AUGAAUAUUUUACUCUUCGGAAUUAUCGCAAUCGCAUUCGCAUCCACUGUAACACAACGAAAUGGUGCUAAAGCGUUGGGGCAAGGCGUGUUUUAUUCAUUGAAUAUGUCUAGUUUCUAUAAUGGGAGCUCAAUGAAUUUGGAGUGGAAUAUGUUGAAAUCUAUAAUACAUCCAAAAACAAUUGCUGAUGUGAUUUUUGAGGCUUAUAAAAGCAGAGUUAACAAGUUGAUGAAGAAUCGGGAUACAUACAUCUAUUUGCCAGCUUUGAUUGGCAUGAUAUUGGCGUUUUUAAUCAUAUUGCUAAUAAUUUUCCUGAAGUUCAUUUUCAAACGCUUGCACUUAUUGCGUCUAAUCGAGAUCAAACAAACUAACAAGCAACCAGAUGAUAAGGCGGUGCUUAUUCAGAAUAAAAAUUUGGAUGAUAAUAUGGAUACAAUACUUGUGUAA